CACCGCAACACGUGUCUUUCGUGACUUGCAGUAGUGUAUGUGCUCUACCAGUGGUGCUGACCGCCUGCUGUUUACGGACAAUGGCAGUAUAUUGCCACUUCAGGGACGACGUCAACCCGAAUUUCAAGCAGCAGAGACACAAUCGCGCUUCGCAUCCCAGCCAAUCCAGCGGGCGGUUUUGGCAUUCGAAAUUCACAAUAUAUAAACUAUGGCGACUAAGAAGGGCGUAAACUGGCGCCUCUGGUCCAAGGUCAUCAUCGGAGGAACGGCCGUCAGUGUCGGAGGACCCAUGUUUACAUACUGGCUCGUGCCUACGGAGGAAGAGCUGCGAUCACGAUAUAACCCCGACCUGCUGAAGCGCAGCAUUGAAGGGCGCGAGGAGCGCGAGAAGGAGUUUGACGACUUUGUGACGAGGCUGAAGGAGUACUCCAAGUCAGACAAGCCGAUCUGGUUCGUCGUCCAAGAGGAAGAGGAGCGAAAGAAGAAGGCUCUGUUCGAAAAGGCACGCGAAGAUCAACGACAAGCCGAGGCUCGACGGGAAGAGAUGCGAAAGGAGGCUGGGCUGCAGACCAAAUAGUGACUUUGGCGCUGCGGUGUGUAGGAUAUACGGCGGCGCUCGAAGAAUGGGCGAUGUCAUGACGCGGGAAGGACCACGACGGGGACUAAUAACUAGCAUGUACAAUACGACACUCAAGCAUAUCCACUUCUAUAUUCAGAAAGAACAGAACGCAAAAGGCAAUCAAUGUGUAUACCGCACGGCAAUGGUCGCUUUUCUUGGGUUCGUCUGUUCCGUGACGAGGCUGCCCUUUGGAAGCAGCGUGUGACUUUACCCGUCUAACGAUUUACCCCGACGGCCUCGACAACUUGCGCAUAAUAAGCCACUCCGGAUGCAACGGACGUAUUGAUUCUUCAGACGAAAAUUGAUCAUAUGGCCAUCACCAUCACCAUCCUCCGUUGCUUCGAGACCAAGGCUGCAGACCAAGGCGCCAGAGGACGCCAGGACCGUACAAACGCCACGAAAUACUCGGGCAGGCAACAAAAACCUCGGGAAUUUGUCCUCUCAGACAAGGCUCUGUGGCGCAUUCUCUUGCGCUCCCUCUUAUGCUUAUUGAGAUGUCGCUGUGACCGCAAUGGCGGCGCCAUGUGCACAGGGCUAGGCGCUUGCGGCUAGAUACGGCGCCGCGUGCUUUGUCGCUCACUCGCUCCAGAGGCGAUCAAUUUCCCAGUGGUAUCUCUAUCUCCAACGCGUUCCUGAGCUGUAUUAUGCGCCGCUAUUCACAGCGCCCCCCUUUUUCCAGGCCAUCUUUCACCGUCUCGUUUGACUCGCUGUACCCCAAACUCCAAGGUCCUUCCUAAUCCAACUAUGGGGUCGUCCGUCCCCGCCAUUAAGAGGACCUUUUUUUUGUGGUUUAUUACCCCGUGUCAUUUAACACUUGAGAUUUAGUGUUCCUGGGGUACGUUGCAUCGUACGGUAGACCGCCCCGUGGGGUUGUCGACUAUUGGAUGGACUACUGUCGUGUAAUGCCCUUCCAGAACACGGAGCGAGCCAGCCAACCGGGACGCUAGUUGGCGAAACACCUGCAUAGUCAGCUGAGGCUUCACUGGUGGAUUCGUUUAUUCGCCUUGCAAGCGGCCUCAUGUCAUCGAAUGAAGGAUCCUUUCGUGUACUUCUAGCGUGGUAGCUAGCUAACCAGCUUAGUGGUGCAUUGUCUCCGUGCCUUUCCCCGCGGUAGAUAAUACGAGGGUGUGAUCAUGUUGGCUAUCUUUAAUUCCCUUUAGGAUUUGUAUUUGCUUGGUAAACAUUCCGGAUACACGGCCACGUCGUAGGGACUUUUUUUUUUUUUUUUUAC